UACACCUACUGUUUUCUUGAAUGGGGACCUGGUUUCUCAUGAAAGCUGAACAAAACUUGCCCUUUGCCCAAACCCUCUCUGGAUAGCAUUCCUGGGAGUGGCUCGUGUAUUGAGAGGUGUUGGUCUGCAUUUGUCAGAAAGGGGUGAAGGGCAGCCAUGCAGAGAAUUCCUGCCGAGAUGAGACGCGUAGCUGACAUGUCGUAGCUGACAUGUUUGGGAUUUCUUUUUUUUUUGUUUGUAUUUUCAACAGAGGAGCUAAUGUAUAUUAACAAUGUAAUUUUUUUGGGGUCUACUUAUCUAUAUAAUAAUUCAGUGUUGACUACUGUCUAAAUGUAUCAGCAAAAAUUAAAAAAUGUAAGUUUUCUGACCUUACCAUUGAUCUAUCUUGUAUCUGUCUAUCUAUCAUCUGUCUGUCUCUCUGUCUGUCUGUCUGUCUGUCUUUCUGUCUGUCUAUCUAUCUUCAUUUUGAAACAAGGCCUUACUGUGUAGCCCUGUCAAGGCCUAGAACUCACUGUGUUGACCUGUCCUCCUCUAGGCCAGCCUCCUGCCUCUGCUGCCCCAGUGCUGGGAUUAUAGGCACUCACCAGCUACUUUGCUUCACUUUUAACUGAAUAAUACCUUAAGGAUAUUUUUGAAUCUCAACAUUUACUUAAAAAUCCUUUUGCUUCCUUGUUGAUAAAUAAUAGAGUUGGGAGACUUUCCAAGACGUCUGGAGUCUUUGUUUGGCUCUCUGUUUACAUUUGCCUCAAGUUUCGAUUUUGACUGAUAAACCUGUGACCCAAAUCCAGACCUCAGCCAAAUUUAGUUUCAGCUUAACCACAUUAAAAUGCCUGGUGUCAUGUGACUUCGAGCAGAAACCAAAGCGGUAUUUUAUUUGUUUAUUUUUUGUGAGAGCUUUGCCUCUGUGUGUGUGUGUUUGAGUGCACACGCACACACACACACACACACACACACACACACACACACGCAUAUGGAUGCCAGAGGUCAACCUCUGGUGGUAUUCCUCAGUCCCUCUCUACCUUGCUUUUUGAGGUAGGGUUUCUCUACAGGAAUUCAUCUGUUUGCAUCUGCCCGGCACUGAUGUGGCUAGCACUCCAUGUUUGGCUUUUUACAUGGCUUUGGAGCUUGAACUCAGGUUCUCAUGUUUACCAAAUGAACUGACUUCACUCCCCUCUUUUGUGUGUGUGGUGUGAUCCUGGGGAUUGAACCCAAGGUGUCAUACAUGAAAGGCAAGUGCCCUACCACUGAGCUAUAUCCCUAAUCCUUUCUCAUUCUGUUUUGAGGCAUGACUUCUGUAAAUAGCCCAGGCUGGCCUUGAACCUGCUAUGUAGACAAAACUGACUUGAAACUCGACAUCCUCCUAACUCAGCCUCCUGAGUGGCUUCGAUGACAGGCACACAACACAAUGCCUGGCUAGUGCUAGGAUUCAUGACGUGUGAGCACAUGAAUGCUCACAUGCUCACAUUAGAUGCACAUGUUUUACUGUGUAUCACUGUCCAAAGUCUGCAAUCUCUGAAAGGUUAUUAUUGAUAUCUGGUCAGCGUUAGUUAAGUGUGGAGUUAGCGUAGUAAUUCAGAGGGCAGUUGUUGGUUUCCAGGUCACAGCUUUCAUCAGCUGCCAACAUCGUAUCUCUAGAGGGCUUAGAGUUAUACAUACAGCAGCUACAUUUACGUACAUAUAUAGUAAAGAGUUUCAGUAAAGGCCUUGUCUUCCUAUGAUUUGAUAGUAGCAAUUUGAGCAUGUUCACAAAAUGACUGCUGCUAUUUUCUUAGGGUACAUCCUUUGUUUUCCUGGUUUUGGUCUCUUCUGUCAUAGGAUGGCAUUAGGUCUGUGUCUGCAGGUGCUGUGCAGCCUGGGUGGCUGGCUCUCACUCUAUGCAUCUUUCUGCCGCCUGAAUAAGCACCGAAGCUAUGAGUGGAGCUGCCGGCUGGUGACCUUCACCCAUGGAGUCCUCUCUAUAGGCCUGUCUGCUUAUAUUGGCUUCAUUGAUGGCCCUUGGCCUUUUACCCACCCAGGCUCUCCGAACACACCCCUCCAAGUUCAUGUUCUGUGUCUUACCUUGGGCUACUUCAUCUUCGACUUGGCCUGGUGCAUCUAUUUCCAGUCUGAGGGGACCCUGAUGCUGGCUCAUCACACACUGAGCAUCUUGGGAAUCAUCAUGGCCUUAGUGCUUGGGGAGUCGGGAACAGAGGUCAACGCAGUUCUCUUUGGAAGUGAGAUCACCAACCCACUGCUCCAGCUGCGCUGGUUUCUCCGAGAGACAGGUCACUACCACAGUUUCACUGGGGAUGUGGUGGACUUCCUCUUUGUGGCUCUGUUCACUGGUGUGAGGAUUGGUGUAGGCACUCAUCUCCUCGUCUGUGAAAUGGUUUCACCCACACCCAAGUGGUUUGUGAAGGUUGGGGGGGUAGCGAUGUAUGCUGUGUCUUGGUGCUUUAUGGUUAGUAUCUGGCGCUUUGCAUGGAAGAAGAGCAUCAAGAAGUAUCAUGCAUGGAGAAGCAGGCAGAAUGAGGAGCGACAAGUAAGACAUAAUGGGCAUCUCAAGACACACUAGCCAAGGCCUGCUCCCAGUGAAUGGGUUGGGUUGAACUGGCCGUGGGGCCAGGGUCAGAAACAGAACUGAGCUUAUAGUGCUGAAGAAGUGAGCUAAUAGUGCGCUUAGGUUUUGAAAAAGGGCUAAAUGAACCCAUCACAUCAGUCAGUUUCCAAGCUAAGCAUAUGCAGUAUUGAAACACUCACUCCUGCAGUGGUAUUUGCACAUCCGCAGUGGUGACUGACAUUGCCUCCAUGCUGACUGGCAAGUGGGUAAAACUGUAUAGUGAGGGCCAUUGUCACCUGUUUUGGGGUCCCCAUGUUCAUGGGAGGCCUGAUAAUCAGACAGCUUUUGAAAAGGACUUGAGUCAAAUUAGUGCUGUUUCUUGCCCUUUUGGAAAUAACUCCAUCCUCACACUUACUCCUGAUUUCCAUGAGACAUUUUAAGUACGUUCACCCCAUGUGCUAUAAAGGGAGGAACUCUCCGGAAGGGACAUGCAUUAGGUAUCCAAGUAUCUGUGAAUGGGAUCUGUUAUGCAGAGAGGGACAGAAGAAUGGGAGUGAAACUAGAAAUGGCAGAGACUCCCCGCUGAGCCUCUCUACACUGACUGUGUCAGAGGUUCCCAAGGAUAUCCUUGGUUUCCAUGAUUCAUCAAGACGACUCAGGGCUUAGCCUACAGUCUCACAGCUUUGAUCUGUGACAAUGACAGGAAACAGAGACGACUCAGCAAAGGGAAGAGGAACCUUUGUCAAAGCUCAUGGAAUCUAAGCAUAAGUUUCUAAAGUCUCCUGCUUGGAUAUGCAGGAGUGAUUCAUGACAACACACAUCAAAGUCAUCAAAGACGUGGUGUCCAGAGCUUUUGCUGUCAAUAGGUCCUGUAAGCUCAUUCUAAGUAACACAAGGCAAAUUUCAGGUUUUCCCGAAGCAGGCAUUCAGCGUAAGCCAUAUUGUUUCAGAAACAGUUUGGGAGCCAUGAGGCAAUCCUAACAGUUUCUGUGGGAGCCCUCUCCAAGUUGAAGUUCCUAGGUGCCAGCCAAGGGCUAACAUUGCAAGCAGGCCUCUGCAAGGAUAGCAGUUCAGGAUUGCUAUGUUAACUCUUGUGUGCACAAAAACUGUAGAGCUAGUGCUUUGGAUGCAAGAUGAACGAGGUUUGGGUAGAUUUAGAUUUACUUGGUCCUGUUGUACGGGUUCUGCCCUACCAGGAAAAGUAUGCCAGUUCUCAGGGCUUUUGUGAAUUAAUCUGCGAGGCAUGAGAGGCGAUGGCUAAAUUCCAUGGGGAUUUACCAUGUGGAUUCCACUGUACUUGAGAUGGAGUUCAGGUUUCAGCUCCUGGUACAUACUGCAAACUAGAACCAAAGAUUUCAAUGUAUGUAUUGGCCUCAGGGUAAUGAGGCUAUUUCCUUCCUUCUUCCCUGCCUUCCUUCCUUCUUCAUCUCCCUCCCUCCUUCCGUUCCUCCCCUCAUUCUUUUCUUUUCUUUGUUUCAGAUACAUUCCCUUUUUAUCACUUUUUCCCCCUCUCCUGAGACAUGGUCUUGCUUAUAUUGUUCAGUCUAGCCUUGAACUCUAUUCUCCUGCUUAAGCCUCCUCAGUGCUAGGAUUACAAUCCUGUGCCACCAUGCCUGGCCGGAAUGUAGGGCUUCAAUGAAAAAAAAAGUAUUACUUGUUUAUGUAUUUGUUAUUUUUACUGUUAUUUAGAUCAAUGGUGAUUGGUUAAUUCAGGUGGUAAGCCAGGGAAUGAUGCUCCUGAAGAUGCAAGGCUGAGUCAGUUCAGCAAGCAGUGUCAGUACCUUCUGUAGUCACUGGCUACACUAACCUAAUGAGUGAAUUUGCAAAUGAUGGCGUUAGCCAUCAUACCAUCAUGAGGGAGAGGCUGGAAACCAGAUAUUCUUCCAAAUGGAAAGGCACUUUAGCAGUGGGACCUUUAAGGUGACUGUUAUAAAGGUAAAGGGAUCGCUUUUGGCUGUUGGGUUUUUGUUUUUUGGACAGGUAGCACCGUGCCUCCUUUUUGUAUGAUUUGUGUCUCAGAUUUGCCAGCAAAUCUUUCCAGCAAAACUGUGGUAGAAUUGGAAACUGGGGAAUGCUGAUUUCAGCAAAAGCAUAGUCAAAAAGAGUGGCUUGGCACACGAGCAUAAAGAAAAAACAAAACAAAACUGGCUUUUGUAUUUUGGCACCAUGCAACCUGCUCCUGACCAGACAAGUGAACAGGCUUAAUCUAAUGCUGGCUGUUUUCUCCCUUUAUCCUCAGAACUAAAGGAUUGUAGAUCUUUGUUUGAAGCAAACUCAAGGGAAUGUCCGUAGGGUUAUUUAUUUAUUUAUUUAUUUUCUUGAUAAUAAGACUCCUGAACUAGUGAGAAAGGGGGAGGAAUUCUUCACUCCUGCUUGUCUUGAUGUUCUAUCUAGUAACUACGAAGAAGUUUCCCUUAGAGACAAAGGUAAAGAUGACUCAGAAGUUGAGGUUGCCUGUUUUUACAACACAAGUGAAUGAAGGGCAGAUUAAUAUGUGAUGCAUCCCCAGACACAAAAGGGAAUACUUACUUGCAUUUGAAUUACUGUGUAAUCAUCACUGAUAUUGCUCAAGAAAGAUUUAUAUUUCAAUACGAUUUGUACUAAAUUUUAUAAAAAUAAAAUAACUUUUAUAAACCCAGAGUCUGCCUUUGUAUCUUUG